GGGGAGCGGCGGCGGCGGGCGCGGCGCCAGCGCGGGACCUGCGCCCCCCGCGCCCCGAGCCCGCCCGCAGGCAGAGGGGCCCGCGGAGCCCUGCUGGGAGCACGGCCGGCAUGAGCCAGGUGCCGAGGAAGCUGCCGGAGGAGGAAGAGGGGGACGAGGAGGAAGAGGAGGAGGAGAUCGUGGGCUUGGCGGGCUACGCCGACGGGGCCGAGUCCUUCUCGGACGGCGACGCGGAGAGCGGCGGCGAUGAGGCGUUUUUGGAUUUCAAUGAUCCCUUCAGUACUGAAGUUAAGCCAAGAAUCCUGCUCAUGGGAUUGAGAAGAAGUGGGAAGUCUUCCAUUCAGAAAGUUGUCUUUCACAAAAUGUCGCCGAAUGAGACUCUCUUCUUGGAGAGCACAAACAAGAUCUGCAGAGAGGAUGUUUCCAACAGCUCCUUUGUCAACUUUCAGAUAUGGGAUUUUCCUGGGCAAAUUGACUUCUUUGACCCUACGUUUGAUUAUGAGAUGAUUUUCAGAGGCACUGGAGCACUAAUAUUUGUUAUUGAUUCUCAGGAUGAUUAUAUGGAAGCAUUAGCUCGGCUGCAUCUUACUGUGACCAGAGCUUAUAAAGUGAAUCCAGAUAUCAACUUUGAAAUCUUUAUCCAUAAAGUGGAUGGUUUAUCUGAUGAUCACAAGAUUGAAACACAGAGAGAUAUUCACCAGAGGGCAAAUGAUGACCUUGCAGAUGCUGGAUUGGAGAAGAUUCACCUCAGCUUUUAUCUGACAAGCAUAUAUGAUCAUUCUAUAUUUGAAGCGUUUAGCAAAGUGGUACAGAAACUGAUUCCACAGCUCCCAACACUGGAAAACCUGCUUAACAUCUUUAUUUCAAAUUCUGGGAUUGAAAAAGCAUUUUUAUUUGAUGUAGUCAGUAAGAUCUAUAUUGCAACGGACAGUACUCCAGUGGAUAUGCAAACUUAUGAGCUCUGCUGUGAUAUGAUAGAUGUUGUGAUUGACAUUUCUUGUAUAUAUGGGCUUAAAGAUGACGGCACUGGAACUCCUUAUGACAAAGAGUCAAUGGCAAUCAUAAAACUGAACAAUACAACUGUCCUUUAUUUAAAAGAGGUGACAAAAUUCCUCGCUCUUGUUUGUUUUGUCAGAGAAGAAAGCUUUGAGAGAAAAGGAUUAAUAGACUACAAUUUCCAUUGUUUCCGAAAAGCCAUACAAGAAGUAUUUGAAGUAAGAAUGAAAGUAGUAAGAUCUCGAAAACAUCAAAGCCACAUGCAGAAAAAUAAAAGACCCACUCCCAAUGGGACACCAAGAAUGCCACUGUAACUGCGGUUUUCUGGCAACGUGGCAAGCGAAGUUUUUAUGAAGUUGAUGUGACUUCUGCAUCUCAUUGCACUGAGUGAAGAGGAAAACAAACGGGACUGAUGUAUUAUAUGACUUUUCCCUCAACGUUCAGAAAGCACUGUUUAAAUAUUUUUAUCCAAUCAGUUUUUUUCAUAUAGUGAGCACUUUGAGCAAAACGUUGUGUAUAUAAACAUUGAGGUGAACACUUGUAAGAAUUUUCUUAAUAUAUGCUGUAAACCUUUUUCAUGCCAUAUUAAGAAAAAACAGCUGUGACAGAAAUACUGGGUACAUAAUUUGCACUUUUUCAUGUUUUCCUUGUGGAGUUGGACUUUGAUAAACUUAGUUUUUAUGGUGAUUUUGAUGCAUGGUGUCAGGUAAAAUGUAUGCUGUAGUUUAUUUACCUGCUACAAUCAAAUUGGUUAGUAAACAAUUAAGAAAACUUGGUACAAUGCCUUUUAAAAUUUGUGACAGCUAAUACCUAACAUUCAUACAGAUCUAAUUUCGUAUAUUUUUCAAUUUGUAAACUGAAGAAUAAUUUUGAAGUAUUACAGCAAUAAGCACCUUACCAGGGAUCAUAACUGGUAGGUAAAUACUAGCUUUUAUAAAACAGGCUUUUGGCCAAAUUUCAUCUGGAGUUCUCCAUAACACUGGUCAUGCCCUCUCUUGGGUCUAUUUUUAUUAUUUACCUCAGCAUAUGCCACUAAAAUACCUUUCUAUAAAGACAAUUGUUUUGUAAAAUGGCUCUAUGUUGCACUGGUAUUUUUAUAAGGCUUCAGAGAAGUGUGUUGUAUUUGUAAGUUGAAGUUACAUUGCUAAGUUUGUCUUGAGAGCCUACACAUGUAAAGUUGGCACAGUGAAGACUCUGUAUGUAUUUCCACCCUGAUGUUCUGAUGUACUGAUGAGAAGUCAUAAAGAUGUGAGCACUGGGUUCUGAUUCCCUCUAACAGGGGUCCAUCUGUGACUAAAAUCAAGAAGAGACCAUUAAAAUGAGGACUGGACAAUCUA